AUGCAGAGCAGCACAGCCAUGCAGAGCAGCACAGCCAUGCAGAGCAGCACAGCCAUGCAGAGCAGCACAACCAUGCCAAGCAGCACAGCCAUGCCGAGCAGCACAGCCAUGCCGAGCAGCACAGCCAUGCAGAGCAGCACAGCCAUGCCGAGCAGCACAGCCAUGCAGAGCAGCACAGCCAUGCAGAGCAGCACAGCCAUGCCGAGCAGCACAGCCAUGCCGAGCAGCACAGCCAUGCAGAGCAGCACAGCCAUGCAGAGCAGCACAGCCAUGCAGAGCAGCACAGCCAUGCAGAGCAGCACAGCCAUGCAGAGCAGCACAGCCAUGCAGAGCAGCACAGCCAUGCCGAGCAGCACAGCCAUGCAGAGCAGCACAGCCAUGCCGAGCAGCACAGCCAUGCCGAGCAGCACAGCCAUGCAGAGCAGCACAGCCAUGCCGAGCAGCACAGCCAUGCCGAGCAGCACAGCCAUGCCGAGCAGCACAGCCAUGCAGAGCAGCACAACCAUGCCAAGCAGCACAGCCAUGCCGAGCAGCACAGCCAUGCAGAGCAGCACAGCCAUGCAGAGCAGCACAGCCAUGCAGAGCAGCACAGCCAUGCAGAGCAGCACAGCCAUGCAGAGCAGCACAGCCAUGCAGAGCAGCACAGCCAUGCAGAGCAGCACAGCCAAGCCGAGCAGCACAGCCAUGCAGAGCAGCACAGCCAUGCCGAGCAGCACAGCCAUGCCGAGCAGCACAGCCAUGCAGAGCAGCACAGCCAUGCAGAGCAGCACAGCCAUGCCGAGCAGCACGGCCAUGCAGAGCAGCACAGCCAUGCAGAGCAGCACAGCCAUGCAGAGCAGCACAGCCAUGCCGAGCAGCACAGCCAUGCAGAGCAGCACAGCCAUGCCGAGCAGCACAGCCAUGCCGAGCAGCACAGCCAUGCAGAGCAGCACAGCCAUGCCGAGCAGCACAGCCAUGCCGAGCAGCACAGCCAUGCCGAGCAGCACAGCCAUGCCGAGCAGCACAGCCAUGCCGAGCAGCACAGCCAUGCCGAGCAGCACAGCCAUGCCGAGCAGCACAGCCAUGCAGAGCAGCACAGCCAUGCCGAGCAGCACAGCCAUGCAGAGCAGCACAGCCAUGCAGAGCAGCACAGCCAUGCCGAGCAGCACAGCCAUGCCGAGCAGCACAGCCAUGCAGAGCAGCACAGCCAUGCCGAGCAGCACAGCCAUGCCGAGCAGCACAGCCAUGCCGAGCAGCACAGCCAUGCCGAGCAGCACAGCCAUGCAGAGCAGCACAGCCAUGCCGAGCAGCACAGCCAUGCCGAGCAGCACAGCCAUGCCGAGCAGCACAGCCAUGCAGAGCAGCACAGCCAUGCCGAGCAGCACAGCCAUGCCGAGCAGCACAGCCAUGCCGAGCAGCACAGCCAUGCCGAGCAGCACAGCCAUGCAGAGCAGCACAGCCAUGCCGAGCAGCACAGCCAUGCCGAGCAGCACAGCCAUGCCGAGCAGCACAGCCAUGCAGAGCAGCACAGCCAUGCCGAGCAGCACAGCCAUGCAGAGCAGCACAGCCAUGCCGAGCAGCACAGCCAUGCAGAGCAGCACAGCCAUGCAGAGCAGCACAGCCAUGCCAAGCAGCACAGCCAUGCCGAGCAGCACAGCCAUGCAGAGCAGCACAGCCAUGCCGAGCAGCACAGCCAUGCCGAGCAGCACAGCCAUGCAGAGCAGCACAGCCAUGCCGAGCAGCACAGCCAUGCCGAGCAGCACAGCCAUGCCGAGCAGCACAGCCAUGCAGAGCAGCACAGCCAUGCCGAGCAGCACAGCCAUGCCGAGCAGCACAGCCAUGCCGAGCAGCACAGCCAUGCCGAGCAGCACAGCCAUGCAGAGCAGCACAGCCAUGCCGAGCAGCACAGCCAUGCCGAGCAGCACAGCCAUGCCGAGCAGCACAGCCAUGCCGAGCAGCACAGCCAUGCAGAGCAGCACAGCCAUGCCGAGCAGCACAGCCAUGCCGAGCAGCACAGCCAUGCCGAGCAGCACAGCCAUGCAGAGCAGCACAGCCAUGCAGAGCAGCACAGCCAUGCAGAGCAGCACAGCCAUGCAGAGCAGCACAGCCAUGCAGAGCAGCACAGCCAUGCAGAGCAGCACAGCCAUGCAGAGCAGCACAGCCAUGCAGAGCAGCACAGCCAUGCAGAGCAGCACAGCCAUGCAGAGCAGCACAGCCAUGCAGAGCAGCACAGCCAUGCCGAGCAGCACAGCCAUGCCGAGCAGCACAGCCAUGCAGAGCAGCACAGCCAUGCCGAGCAGCACAGCCAUGCCGAGCAGCACAGCCAUGCCGAGCAGCACAGCCAUGCCGAGCAGCACAGCCAUGCAGAGCAGCACAGCCAUGCCGAGCAGCACAGCCAUGCCGAGCAGCACAGCCAUGCCGAGCAGCACAGCCAUGCCGAGCAGCACAGCCAUGCAGAGCAGCACAGCCAUGCCGAGCAGCACAGCCAUGCCGAGCAGCACAGCCAUGCCGAGCAGCACAGCCAUGCAGAGCAGCACAGCCAUGCCGAGCAGCACAGCCAUGCCGAGCAGCACAGCCAUGCCGAGCAGCACAGCCAUGCCAAGCAGCACAGCCAUGCCGAGCAGCACAGCCAUGCCGAGCAGCACAGCCAUGCCGAGCAGCACAGCCAUGCCGAGCAGCACAGCCAUGCCGAGCAGCACAGCCAUGCCGAGCAGCACAGCCAUGCCGAGCAGCACAGCCAUGCAGAGCAGCACAGCCAUGCAGAGCAGCACAGCCAUGCCGAGCAGCACAGCCUGUUGA